GUCUUAUGUUAGAGACGUGUAGAAGAAGAAACUUAUAAGGAAGUAGCAUAGUCCUACGGUAGUAGUGAACGAACCUAGAUAAAGUAUGGAGAGUCCGGAGUUAACUUUUACUUUGGCUUAUAUAGUGUUCUCUCUCUGCUUCGUGUCUACGCCCAACGAGUUCCGUUCGGCCGGUUUAACCAUCCAGAAUUUGUUUUCGUCCUGGCUGGGUAGUGAGGAUGUGGGCUUCAUCCAGUACCAUGUCAGGAGGACCAGCAUUACCGUAUUGGUCCACUCCGCACUGCCUUUAGGUUACUACAUGGGGAUGUGUAUCGCUGCUCCAGAAAAAAACCUAGGAUACAUUCACCAGGUGAGUGACAGCUGGAGAGCAUUUCUCCUCUUCUCUAUAUGCCUUCAGUUGACCAGCUGGAUACUCGUCAUCUACUGGUCCCACCGUCACUGGCACAACCAUCCAAUCAGCCGGGCCCUGCAGGCCCACAUACAGCCUCCUUACUACAGUUGGGGCUCUGUGGCAACCAGCAUCAACGAUGAGUUCAGACGCAUAGAUAAGUUUGCUACAGGGGCGCCUGGAGCCAGAGUUAUCAUUACUGACAGCUGGGUGUUAAAGGUGACCACCUAUCAUGUCUACAUGGCCUUACAGAGUGAAUGUCAUGUGACAGUGACAGAGUCCAGACAGCACCAGCUGAGUCCAGACUCGGCUUCCCCCACACAGAUAUUGACACUGCGGGUGGACAGCAUCAACCCUGCUGUCAGACCCUUUGAUAUCAGGCUCAACUCUACAGAGCAUGCAGAGUUCAGAGAGAAACUACAUGCACCCAUCAGAAACUCUGCCAAUGUAGUGAUCCACCAAACCAUAAGUGAACUCUUCCUGGAAAUAUUUAGAGCCCAGGUGGACCUCAAUCAACUGUACACACUCCCCAGUGGACAGGAAAUGGAGCCCUGUAUAGGCUGUAUGCAGGUUCCAGCAAGCACCAAGCUGGUCAGACUCUGCCAUACAGAAGGAGGAGAUAAUGAGUCGGAGUGCCAGCAGUGUUUCUGCAGACCAAUGUGGUGCCUGUCCUGUCUUGGCCGAUGGUUCGCCAGUCGCCAAGACCAGCAAAGACCCGAGACCUGGUUGUCUAGCAGAGUCCCCUGCCCCACCUGUAGAGCCAAAUUCUGUAUACUGGACAUCUGCAUGGUCCACUGACAAGACACACACAUACAGAUCCGAACAGACCUUUUACUCUUGAAAUAAUGUUGAGGUGUGUUUUUAUCCAACAUUCAGCAACAAAACUCUGAAGAGAAGCAGUGGACAGGACAUUGGACUGAACUUAGUUAUGUACCUGUAGUUUAUUCUGUGCUUUCAAUAAGGAAUGAUUAUUUACAGUAUAAUUUACAGUAAUUACAAUGCUCUGAAAUUUGUUUUGAACCCCAACAUAGUGUAAAAUGACAUGAUCAAUGUGACAUUUUGGGAGAUAUGUUUGGUUGGUGUUUUAACCCCAGUCAGACUUAUCUGACUGGGGUUAAAACACCAAACAAACGUAUUUUGGGAGAUGCCUUUUAAGGCACCAUAUUAGUUACCAUGAUCUAUCUGCAAUCAGUAAAGAGACAUCCAGACUGUGUUUUGGUUAGAAAAAAGACUUUUAACAAUGACCAGGACCUGUUCAUCCACUUCAGAAUGUUCUAAAGAGGCGAAAUAAAACUGACUGACAUCAAAAUGUAAGCAGCCUUUAAGAGCAAAUCUCAAGUUAUCACUUGGUUAUACACAUGUAUACUCUGAGCAGGAAAAGUCAAUCAGACACAAGGAUUUAACAACUUGCAUCCGCCUCAUUGUUUAUUCUUUCACAAAUCCUUAUAUGUUCUCAGUAAUAAUGUUAUUCUGCAAAACACAAUUGGUGUUUUUAAUUUUAAGGAGCGACUUGCAGGUUGGAGACCCCAGUAAAUUAAUGUUUAGGGAAAUGUAGAAACUAGAUUUUCGGGGGAGGUGAAAUACAUCCAUAUACACAA